AUGGAUCCGCCAGGACGACUGUACUAUCCUACCCUGUCGGAUACCAUCGAAGACAUCGAAAAAUAUCGGCCAGGGGGGUUUCAUCCCGUGCAUCUUGGAGACACCUUCCACGGAAAGUACAAAGUCCUACACAAACUUGGUGCUGGCGGCUUCUCCACCACCUGGCUUGCCCGCGACGCUGUAGAAGAACGAUAUGUUGCCUUGAAGAUCCUGCGAUCGGACGAGACGGCCCGUCGGAAUGAGCUGGACAUGCUCCGUCGACUCGCAGAGCUGCAAACCAACCAUCCUGGAAAGAAACACAUUCGGACGCUCGUUGACCACUUCAGCAUACAUGGACCUAAUGGCGAACACAUCUGUCUCGUUACUGAAGUCGCCGGUCCCAGUCUGCGCGAUGUUUACAGUGCUCAAAAUCCGUCAGGAUGUGGAUAUGGGCAAGGUUCUCGAAGGUUGCGAGCCGACAUUGCCCAGACUAUCCUCAACCAGAUCGCGCAGACGGUGGAUUCCCUUCAUUCGCACCGAAUCUGCCACGGGGAUCUCACUCUGUCGAACGUGCUUCUGAAGCUGAAUUCAAUGGAUGCUUGGACGGAAGAUGAACUAUACCAUAGACUCGGGAUGCCUGUGAAAGUGCCCUUGCGCCUCUCUUCUGGCGAGGAACACAGCGGUUCUGGUCCUCUGUAUGCCGUCGAGCCUGCGGGCCUUCCUGAUGCAGCAUUCUUGGAGAACAACAUACUCCUUGUCGAUUUCGGAAAAGCUUUCGAACUCGACAGCCCACCUCAACCGAAAGACAUCGGUGUCCCUUCGGAUUACAGAGCGCCUGAGACAAUCCUCGACUUGGUCUAUACUCCUCCUUCAGAGGCAUGGUCCCUGGCCUGCCUCUUGUACGAGGUCAGAGCUGGGCAACGCUUGUUCGCAAAUCUCUUGGGUGGUCCAGACGAGAUCGUUAAGCAGAUGGUGGAGAUGAAAGGUGCUUUGCCCGAACCUUGGUGGAGUUUGUGGGACCUCAGGACGGACUACUUUGACGAGUCUGGGAAACCUCUGCAGGAGUGGCCGGACGGCACCACCUGGGCCAUCGAGUAUCCAAUCGACGAGGCAAUUGAUGACAUUGGUGCCUAUGAUGACGAAGAAGAAGGCGCUGUAUCUGGACUUUGCGCAUCAAUGCUGGAACCGUGCGGAGCAAAGGUGCCUGGAACAGAGGCGGAAAACAUGUUAGAACUCCUCAAGGCUGUGCUGAGGUGGACUCCCGAAGAGCGUGUAUCCAUCAAACAGAUAUAUCAGCAUCCAUAG